CAUGAAAUUAAAUAUCAUAACACAUAAAACAUUUAAAUGUAAAUCGAAGCAGGAUUGCCAUAUUAAAGUAUGCUAUCGGACUACGAACUGGAUAAAUUGUUUGUCAAACAGAUUUCUAGUGUGACGAGAAUAGUCAAGAAUCUUCCUGAAAAUGACGCCGUACUAUCAGCAUGCACGCGAUGGUUUCAAAUCUUACAAAAAGCCAAGAAAGAUGAAAAGUUUGAGCGCAAUUACAUAUUGCUGAUGUUGCAUAGACAGCUCAACGAUAGCGACACACUCGGUUUUCCCUUUAAUGAUGAGCGGCAGAAUGAACUACAAACUGUGUAUCAAAUGACCCUUAAGCCGGCGGAUAGUGACGAUAAUGAUGAUGACAUUCAAGCCAGUUCUUCUAGCAGCAAUUGUCGCUGCAUCGCAUGCACAGAUAGUAAGAGCCAUCAGAAUGAAGAUCAGUAUCAGCGAUUGAGUCGACUUAAUGACACAUUGGGCAAAGAGUUGCAAGUGCUUCAGUCCAAGUUGAAUAUUUUGACAGAGCGCCGUAAGCUUUGCUUGGUAAAAAUUGAUGAUAUGCAGAAAGCGAAUCGAAUGUUUCAAAAGGACAUCGACAAUAUGAAGAAAAUUUUCCUAAGCUCACCCGUUACUGCACUUAAGAAACUAACGUUAAACGAGUGUCCACGAUUCUUUUCGCUCAUGUUUAAAGGGCUCUGUCAAAGUGCACAGGACAAUGAAAAAUUUCGCCAAUUGGACGAGCGACUUGAACAGGUACUGCGUGAGCACAUAAAUCACAGAUCACGGGAGGCCGUAUGGCAAGAAAUCACUAAGGAAUACGAUGCAUUGCGUGCCGAAUUUGACAGACGCUACAAAAAGAUUAUUGAAGACCAAGAGACUACACAAUUCCAGGAACUGUCUUUUUAUGGCAAGAAGUGUUUAAUGAUCUUGAAGACUCUUUUCAUCGACAGUUUCAAUGGCGAAAAACAAUUGAAAAGUAAUGUGAUUGCAUAUUUGGAUAAACAAUACGAGACAUUGCAUAGGAAAUAACUAUAAAUGCAGUAAAGUUGUAGUUUACCUGGGAAUAAGACGUUCGCAUUGCAACAUUUGUUCGAAAUUCAUGAUUUGAUCUGAAAUAAAAAUAAAGGCAUUUUAGUUAGGUGUCUCAUAAAAACAUUAAAUCAACUCGCAUAUUUAUUGCAUGCAAUAUUAAAAAAGAGAUUUUCUUCGAAGCAAUAAUUUUCGUAAAUACGUAGUCAAUUAUUUUAUAAGAAACAGAUCAGCAAUCGAAUUCAAAAAUGAAAUACAAAAACGUUUUAUAUAGUUGUUAUACUAAAGGCAGCAAUA